AUGGUAGUUGACUAUUCGGUGUAUUUGGUGACGGACUCUACGAUGAUUCCUGAAUCAUCGACUUUUUUGAGACAAGUUGAAGAAUCAAUUGAAAAUGGUGCAACCAUAGUCCAAUUACGUGAAAAGACUUUGGGAACUCGGGAAUUCAUUGCCAGGGCUUCCAAAGUCCAUGAACUUACGAAGAAGAAGGGCAUUCCGCUUAUUAUCAAUGAUCGAGUUGACGUUGCAUUGGCAGUUGAUGCUGAAGGUAUUCAUGUCGGGCAAGAUGACAUGCCUGCUGCUACAGUGAGAGAGUUGAUCGGUCCUGAUAAGAUAAUUGGUGUUACUUGCUCGAAUGUUGAAGAAACACAGCAAGUAUGUGACGAAGGCAUUGCUGAUUAUGUGGGAUUGGGUACGGUUUAUUUCACUAAUACCAAAAAAGAUACCAAAACUCCCCAGGGAACUGGGCCAAUUGGGGUUAGAAAAAUGUUGCAGGUAUUGAGAAAACAUAAUACCAGUAAGAGUAACAAGUCUAUCAGAAGUGUGGCAAUCGGUGGUAUUAACCAGACAAAUGCAGCUAAAGUGUUAUAUCAGUGUGCUAUUCCUCAACAAAGCUUAGAUGGGGUGGCUAUUGUCUCGUGUAUUAUGGCCAGUGAGGAUGCCGCUGGUUCCACCAUUGAAUUGGCAGAAGUAAUAAACCUGACGGUCCCAUGGAUAAGAAAGUUUUCCAAUGGUGGUCCUGCUAAACUUGAAGAUAAAGUUGCAGCCGUGCAGAACGCCAAACCUUUGGUUCACCAUAUAACCAACAAUGUUGUGAAGAACUUCAGUGCCAACGUGACCUUGGCCAUUGGUGCAUCUCCAAUUAUGUCUGAGUUGGCACAAGAGUAUGAGGAGUUUGCCACAAAUAUCCCAAAUCUAUCUCUCGUGGUAAAUUUAGGAACUCCCAGUGAUGAUUUAAUGCUGACCUUCGUUCAUGCUUUACAAAUUUACAACAAAUAUGGUAAAUACAUUGUAUUUGAUCCUGUUGCUGGAGGUGCAACCAAUGCCCGUCUUGAAGCAUGCCGGAAGUUAUUGAAUGCCGGCCAGCCUAGUGUAAUCAAAGGAAAUGUGGGAGAAAUACUGGCUAUUUGGAAAUUAACUAGUAGUUAUCAAGUUGAUUCUGACUCAGCGGGUCAAAGCUUGAUGCGUGGAGUUGAUUCAAUCGCUGAUUUAGAAGACGACGUUGUAAUCAGAAUAGGUCAAGAAGUUGCCCAAGACUUCAGAACAGUGGUGGUGAUUACUGGUAAAACAAACUUUGUUAUAGACGGUACUUACGCUGAAUCCAAAUCUACAUAUAUAUGGGAUGUUAAGGCUCCGAUAAGGGCAAGUGAGUUACCGGUUACUAAAAUUCAAGGUGGUCACCCAUUAAUGGGAUCAAUCACAGGAUCUGGCUGCUCAUUAGGUAGUACCAUUGCUGCAUUCAUAGCGUCGCAUGCAGAUGGCCAAUCAAAGGAUACCAAUGAAAGUUUCAAUAUAGGAGAAGCUGUUGUGGGUGCAGUUGAACUAUAUAAUAAAGCCGGUGAGUUGGCUGGGAAAGAAACCAGUACUCCAGGAGCUUUUAUGGUGAAAUUUUUGGAUAAAUUAUACGAAUUGACUCAUACAUAA